AUGGAAACAAAAAGAUUAGUAAAAUUAUCAUUAAUUUUAUUAUUAAUAGCGACAAUUGGUAUUUUAUUUGUAUUGAUACUGAUACCGAAUUCACCAGUAAAUGAAAUAAUGUUAAAUUUUAUGGAAUGGAUAGAACAGAUACCAAAGCUUUGGGGAAGUGUAUUACUUACCCUAAUCUAUACGAUAUCACUUGUAUUUUGUUUUCCAGGUACACCAUUAAAUUUUGCAGCUGGUUAUAUAUUUGGACCAUGGCUUGGUUCAAUAUCGACUGUAGUUGGUUGUGAUUUAGGUGCAGUAUUAGCUUUCUUUAUUGGUAGAAAUUUAACAAAGGAAUGGACAGAAUCAAGAAUGCAAACUCAUCCAAAAUAUGGUCAAAUCAGUUCAGCUGUUUCAAAAAAUGGUUUAUUAAUUAUAUUUUUAUUAAGAUUAUCACCAAUAAUUCCGUUUGGAAUGUGUAAUUAUUUAUUUAGUGCAACAAAUAUACCGUUUUCAAAAUAUUGGAUUAGUACAACAUUAGGUUUAUUACCAUUUACAAUAUUAUAUACAUAUUUGGGUAGCUUAAUGAAAGAUUUAAAGGAUAUAUUUGCAGAUGCAGAUAAAGAUGCCGCAGAGGUAAAGAGUAGUUCAAGUCAAAUUGCAUACGUUACUUUUGGUGUUAUAUUUUCAAUACUUAUUUUUGUUGCAGUUACAGUUAUUACAAAGAGAACUUUAGAGAAGGCAAUGCAAGAACAAUCAAGAUCUGAAAAAUUAGAUUUAGAAAAAGGUUUAGAAUUACCAUUAAUUGGUGAUAACAGUGAUGAUGCUGAAACUAAUACUAAUAAUGGUAAUAAUAAUAAUAACAGCAACAAUAAUAGCAACAAUAAUAAUAAGAAUAAUAAAAAGAAUUCAAACAAACAAGAUAUUGAAAAUGAUUUUAGUGAUAAAGCAAUCUUUAAAAGGUCCCCAACUGAUAUGGAUUUAUCAGUUGACGAUGAUAAUUCAAAUAGUAAAGAUUUAAUUUUAACCAUUAAUGAUGAUGUCCAAUUUCAACAUGACUAUGAAAAUGAUGACGAAUAUUAUGGAAACGAUAAAACAUUUUUAAUUAAAACUAAUACAUAUAGUAGUAACAACAAAAAUAAUAAUAAUAAUAAUAAUUUAAAUUCACAAGGAAAACCAAUUAAAUCAACUAUUACAUAUGUUGUACCAGCUAAUUGUUCAAUACUACAAGAUAAAUAUCAAUUGUCAAAUCAUAUGAUUCAUUUAAUUCUACUCAAUAGUAUCGGAUCUGUAUCUAGGUUAGAUAAGAAUAAUGAUGAAAAUAGAGAAGAGAAUAAUAAUAAAUCCUUACCAGGUGGAGAAUUAUCAUUACAAUAUUCAAAAGGUGAACCAUGGGAUUAUAGUAUUUUUACAACAAUUCCAAGAGGAUAA